GCUGUAGUUCACCCUGGUGUGGUAUGGUAAUGAUACCGCUGUUUUUCCUUUCCAUCUUCUGUGUGCUGAGCGGUCGUACGUUGGCCGGCGACCUUUACGGGAAGAAGGACUCCUUCGUUCAAGUGUUAGAUGCCAAUACAUUUACUAAGACUGUCGUUCAGAGUAACGAGUUGUGGGUUGUGGAGUUUUACGCUGAUUGGUGUGGUCACUGUCAACAAUUCGCACCAGAGUAUGAGAAGGCCGCCAGUGCUCUUGCUGGGAUUGUCAACUUUGCAGCUGUGAACGACCAGUCGGUGAUGGGCCCCUAUGGUGUUCAGGGCUUCCCCACCGUUAAGUUUUUCGGAGAAGACAAGUCCAAGCCUCUCGACUACAGUGGUCCGAGAGAGGCCAAAGGAUUGGUCAAAUACGCUCUAUCCCAUGCCAAGAAGGUCGCCAACGAUCGCUUAGCCGGUAAGACCAAGCCGAAGAAGGCCAAGAAGGAGGCUGGUCGUAAAUCGAAGAAGGCCGAUACUCAGCCUGAGGGGAAUGAGGAUGACGUUAUCGUCCUUACUGGUAGCAACUUUGAUAAGUUGGUUAUGCAAGACACCAAGUCGGUAUGGUUCGUCGAGUUCUACGCCCCUUGGUGCGGUCAUUGCAAGGCACUGGCCCCUCAUUGGACGGCAGCGGCUACUCAGAUGAAGGGACGAGUCAAGUUUGGGAAGGUUGAUGCUACUGAGGAGAAGUCCUUGGCUCAACGGUUCGGCGUGCAAGGGUUCCCUACUAUUAAAUUAUUCCCGGCAGGGAAGAAGUCGGAUAGCCUCGCCGUAGACUAUCAAGAGCAACGAGAGACCAGCAGUCUUGUUCAGUUUGCAGAGAAGUACCUUAGUUAUGCUAUAGAGGCUACUCAACUCCUCAGCCAGGACGAUUUUGAGGACACCUGCAAGAAUCGCGUCUGCGUUAUCGCAUUCCUACCUCAUAUUCUGGAUUCAGGGGCUGAGCAGAGGAAUGCCUAUAUUAAGGAGUAUAACGCGGCCGUUAAAGCUAACCCUGGUAUCCCUGUCCACUACUACUGGUCACAAGGAGGAGAUCAAUUUGACUUUGAGGAAGCUCUUCGAUUACAGUUUGGUUACCCGGCCUUGGUGGCAGUCCAUCUAUCAAAGGGUCACUAUGGAGUCCAUCGUGGGGGCUUCGAUGAGGCUAAUAUCAGGGCCUUUGUCUCGGGCCUUAUGGCUGGCAAGGUCACCCUUGACCCGCUGCCCAAGAAUCUCCCUAAGCUUCACAGCGUCACUGCUUGGGAUGGUAAGGAUGCUGAGCCAGAGCCCGAAGAAGAUAUGGAGCUCUAAGCACACUAUUCAUCGAUAUUGCUGGAUAGUCGAUCGGUG